AUGGCGUACCACCGCGCCGGUCUGAUCUUCUACGUGAACGGACAGGAGGUGUUCCGCACCAACGUGGAGGGAACGCUGACCUCGGCGAGCACCGGAACCAACCAGAACGGCGGCAACCUCGUGUGGACCCACUUCUCGGGCCGCGUGGGCACGGGCAACCUGAUCGCCGGCUCGAAUGUGCUGGGCAUUGCCAUCGUCAACACCGACAACACCGCUCGCUCCAUCGACAACAUCUUCCAGAUCCGCAUGCUGUCGCCCAACGCUAUCUCGGUGGGUCUGCAGACCUCCGUGAGCGACACGCACCACAACGACGGAAACACCAUCUCGGCGAACAUGUUCCACGGCGACUACAACGCUCGCUACGUCUCCACGGCCUCGCAGACGCACGAGAUCACCGCGACCUUCCUGAACGGAGGCAAGCAGUACGUGAACAUGUACUGCAUCGUGACCGGCUGGAACGCUCUGGAGAACGCGCCCGCCGCCUGGGAAGUGCUCGUCUCGGAGAGCGGCAGCUCGUUCAACUCCGUGCACACCGUGUCCAACGAGUACUUCACCGACAUGCUGCAGAAGAAGUGCUACUUCAUGCCCAACGAGGUUGCGAUCCGCGCGAUCCGCUUCACCUUCACGGCGAUCCGCGAUGUCUCGGACAACCUGCAGAUCAACGCUAUCGAUCUCUACUACGUGGAUCCCGCGCAGUACACGCUGCCGACUUUCGGCUUCGGCGACGGCCAGGAGUAUGUCGCCUACGUGGGUGCCAACUACUAUCUGCAGAGCUCCUCCUCCCUCUACUACGAGCUCACCAUCAGUCCGGAGCUGCCCGCGGGUCUGAAGCUCUCCUCCUCGGGUUUGAUCCACGGUAAGGCCACCGCCUCGGCGCAGCAGACGACCUACACGGUGUCGGGUCGCAAUCCGAGCGGCUCGCCGGUGCAGGCGAUCGUGAUGCUGACGGUGGCGGACUGCUCGAACGAUCACAGCCUGGUGUCGAUGUCGAUGACGAACACGGGCACGAACGGCAAACGCAUGUCGAUCCUGGUGAUGGACACGAACAAGGACAUUGUGUACUGGAACGACAACAUUCCCGACUACACGAGCGCGUUCAAUAUGGGCUUCUGCGCGGUGAAGGGCGUGGUCACCUUCGUGCUGCUGGAUCGCUCGAACAACCCGUGGGGCAACACCUACACGAUCACUGCCGGCAGCGAGACGAUCAGCGGCACGCACUCGCAGGGCGACACGCCUCGCUUCGUCUCCGUGGCUCCCUUCUCCUACAUCACCGAGAGCGAGUCCACCGUGGAGUUCUCCAUGACCUAUCUCGAGAACUGGUACAAGAAGGAGACCACGCGCAACUGGGAGGAGCUCAAGCUGAACGAGCUGCCGCCCGUGAGCAGCAUCACCGCCUACUACUGCGCCCGCUUCGACGCUCCCUCGCUGGACGCGCUCGCUUCCUAUGUGGUGGGCGUGAAGAUCCGCGGAGGCUUCGUGAUGUACCUGAACGGCCAGGAAGUGAACCGCGUGCGCGUGCCGGCGGACGCCACGCACAGCACGCCCGCCACCGAGGCGUUCGAGGAGCCGACGUACGUGCUGUACGGCGACAGCGCGCAGUUCUCGCUGAUGGAGGCGACGGACAACCUGCUGUGCGUGGAGGUGCACGACACGGAGGAGCGUCCCGACGACGACAACACGUUCAACAUGUACAUCAAGCCGAAGAUGACCUCGCGCGAUCUCGUGGUCAACGGACAGGGCUCUGCGUCGCACGUGGGCUACUACGACUCGUCGUGGGAUGAGCGGAACUACCAUCUCUGGAACAAGGUGAACACCGACAAGUUCUUCUCCAACGAUAACAGCUGCACCAACGUGUGGGGCCUCUGGACCUUCGACAACUUCGGCCGCGACUUCGCCACCGCGGCCCGCGUGUACCAGGGCAACGUGGAGCGCCGCCGCUUCAAGUCGCUGCGCGUGGAGGCGACGAACAACCCCGAGGACGAGUCGCCGGUGUUCGACGUGCUGCUGACGAUGUCGAGCGUCACCUGGACCAAUAGCUACAUCGACAUGGAGUUCAUCCCCACGAAGCCCUACCGCGCCUACCGCAUGGUGUUCAACGGCUGCCAGUCCGAAGGAAUCGAGGUCGGCGAGAUCUACUUCUACGCCAACCGUCUGGAGGGCCAGGUGUGCCGCCCCGCCAACGGCCUGCCCGGCUCCCUGGAGGGCGGACUGGUGAACGGCCCCUGCCCCGAUCUCUACGAGGGCAACGUGAUCUACCAGUGCCAGAGCGGAUCCUUCGUCGAGCUGAGCCAGGUCUGCUCGCCCGCCGCUCCCUCGCUGCUGAAGUACGAUCAGGAGGAGUACAUUCUCUACACCGGCAAGGAGUACAGCAUCGAGCCCACCGUCCGCGGACUGGAGCUCACCUUCGUGACGCUGCCCACGCUGCCCACGGGAUUGAAGAUCAACGAGAGUACGGGAGUGAUCUCCGGCAAGCCGACGACGCCGCAGGACUCGCGUCAGUACACGGUGACGGCUCGAAAUAGUGCUGGCGUGAUUCAGGCGAAGUUCCGUAUCCAGGUGUUGGAGUCGCCUACCCCCGUAUGGCUGUAUAUUGUAAUUGUAUUGGCCGUGAUUGUGGUGAUCGCCAUUAUCGUGGUGCUGGUUUUGGCCAUUUCCAAGAAGUCGAAGGGAAAGGGAAAGGGCAAGGGCAAGGGAAAAGGAAAGAACCUCCCCAAGACCGCUGCGCCCGUCCCCAAGGCGAAGGAAUCGGCUGCUUCUAAGAAUAUUGUUGUCUAAGUGUAUU